AAGCAAACAAUGAAAGCAUAAAGCUAAAGAUAUAUUAAAUCUAGAGAAAACUCGGUGCUUUCUGGGGUCUUGUUCCAGGGGAAAAAAAGAACCACAAUUGCAAACGAUGUAUUAGAAACAGAGUUGUACCUUAACCUAUUGAGAAACUUUAAGAGAGACGGUGCCAUCAAAAUGAUAAACGAUUAGCCUUUUAUCAUGUAAGAAUGAAUAUCCUAUGAAAAUGAUCUGGACUAUAUCCAUAUUAUGCAACCAGGUGCAUCAUGUGCAGAGCUGAAGCUCAUCAACUGUACUCCAAGAAACCUAUAUUUGAUGCUCUAGGAAUUCAACUAUUUGCAGUUCUUCAUGAGCACAUAGAAUCAGAGGUAAAAGACUUCUGGCCGAGGUACUGGGGUGGUGUUGUGCUCUUUGAUGGUCGCCAGGAAUUUUUUAAGGCCCUUGGUGGAGGGAAACUACUGAAAGACAAGUUCAUAUCUGGAUUCCUACUCAAUCCAAGAGCAAUUGCAAAUUACAAGCGAGCAAAGGCCAUUGGAGUAGAACAAAAUUUUAAGGGUGAAGGUGAGAUCAAGGGUGGACUCUUCAUUGUUGGUAGAGGAAAAAGUGGGAUUGCUUACCAGUUCAUUGAGAGGAACUUUGGCGACUGGGCACCACAUGCUGAGGUCAUAGAGAUCUGCAACCGCAUUCAGAACCCACAACAGAACCAGUUAGAGUCGACUAAAUCAUCAAUUCAAGAAGAAUAUGAAAAAUGACUCAAUUUUCAGGAGUACAAUUUGGCUUUUGCCAGCAUACCAGUCCUUAAUAUGACUUUCUAUCCCAUGAUCUCCAAGUUUUAAUACCAUUAUUUGUAAUUUGCUUGUAGUUAUGAUAAUCCUCUAUCGGGCGGAAUUCUUUUACGUUGAAUCAAUGUAUUUGUUCUUUCUAUUGUAUUAGAUUAUUCGAGCACAGUAGAGAUUUAUUACAGAAGUUCAUUGUACUGCAUAACAUGAGUAUCCCUGGCAUGCAAGAAA